AUGUCAAAACAGUGUGAUGUGUGUUCAAUGACCUUCCAAGAUGAGUAUGCCUUGCAAGGUCACCUUGGAGGUAAAAAACACUUGAAAAGAGUGGAACAAUCAGAGGUGAUAAAAAGAUCAAUUUUUGUAUCACCAUUACCAAAAUUUAUUUCUGCGUGUGAUCUUAUUGACUUUUUUCAAAAGUAUGGUCCAAUCAAAUGGCAUAAAUUUAGUAACAAUUAUCUCAUUAUUGAAUUUGCAAAUAGGAAUUCUACAGAAGCUGUAUUAAGGAAACCUGUUUGGAUAAAUAAUGUAAAGCUAAACGUAAACAGAAGAAUAUUACACACACAUAUAAAAAAGCCAAAAUCAAUAAAGCAAAAUAGUCCAAUCGAAAAUGCAGGCCUAAUAAGUUAUAAUAAUAUAAAGCAUAUAUUUGAAAAAAAUACUAUAUUUGAUAAUCAAUUAGUAAGAUUUUUAAAUGCAAUUAAACUUACUGAUGCUGAAAUUGAAAUGCGAUACGAUUCUGUUUGUACUCAGUUGGAUAAGAUAUUUGAGGUAGUAUUUCCCAACUGUAAAACAUAUAAAUUUGGAUCUACACAAACUGGACUGGGCUUUAAAGAAUGUGAUUUAGACAUAUAUAUGGACAUUGGCGAGCCAAUAUCUGAAAGUACAAAUGCAUCGGCAGAUACGUGGACUAUGCAGAAGAUUUUUAGGGAAGUGAAAAAAAUUAUGUUCCGACAGAAUUGCGUUUUUUCUAACAUAGUAAUGAUUCCAAGAGCUAAAACACCGAUUAUAAAAUUUUGUUACAUCCGAUCGAAUGUCUCUUGUGACAUAUCAUUUAAAAACAGUUUAGGUAUAUAUAAAACUCAUCUGAUAAAAUACUGCAUGUCUCUUGAUAGUAGAGUAGGGCCAUUAAUGAUACUUAUCAAGUAUUGGGCAAGAAACUUCAAAAUAUCUUGCACUGGAAAACUGUCAAAUUAUGGCCUUGUUUCGUUAAUCAUUUUUUAUCUUCAGCAGCCAUCAGUAAAAAUUAUUCCUCCCUUGUUAGAAUUUCAAAAAGAUUGUCAACCACAAAUUAUAAACGGCUGGCAAGUUAAUUUCAAUGAAAAUAUAGAAUUUCCACCUGUUACAAAUAAGAGUAGCAUUCCACAACUUCUUCACGGUUUCUUCUUUUUCUAUGCAUCCUUUGAAUAUAAGUGUCAUAUAAUUUGCCCAUUAGAUGCAAAGAUAUAUACAGAAUCAGAAUUUAAAAAUGUGGAAAACCUACCACGAUACAUGGAUAGGUACAAAACAUACGUAAAAGAGGAUGAGAAUUUUAAAUUCAAACAGAAUACAGCCAUAUGUCUCCAAGAUCCCAUAGAACUUAAUCAUAAUGUUACAGCAAGUAUACAGUCUUCUACAUUGAACACUUUUGUACAGUACUGUACAAUUGGUGCUGAAAUCUGUACGGAGACCAGUAAAAACGAUUAUAAGGAUUUAUUAAAACUUCUUUUUAGUACAGUAAUAAAAAAGAAAGUUACUGGGAGCACGUUUAAAGUGAAAAUUUCUGCAAGUCAGUUUAAGUACAAUAAAGAAACGAAUAAUGCGGAAACCCGUACAGAUGGUACAAAAGAAUUGAAGCAUACAGAAAAUGAUUGGUGUUUCACGGUUUUCAAUUUAGUGCAAAAUAUUUUUGAAAAAGUUUUCAAAAUAAAAGUAGAAGUUCUACCUGGUAAUGUAGAAGCAAAACAACAGAAACUUGAAACAUCAUCAAAUGUGCACACAGAGAAGUACCAAAAAGUUACACUUCAUUGUACUGGUUCUCAUUGUGUAUGGCGUAAUAGGAAAAUUAACAAUGUUGUUUUGGACCCUAGCCUGAAUUGCUUGGAAAAAGAAGCUCUUUUUUCCGAAAAAACGAUAGAAAACUCUGAAAAGGAACAAUCAACAAAUAGAAUAAAUUUGGAUUUUACAUGCACAUUUGAAAAACAAGCACAUCCUUUAUCAGUUACCUUAACUGUAAAUAAUAAAAAAUCUGACGAUCAUAUUUUCAAGGAGUUUGCAUAUUUUGCGAAACGUAAGUUACUCGAGAUAAUAAAACAAACAUUGACGUACAUGCAACAAUACAACAAAUGUUACUAAAAUGUUUAUGUAUAUGUGUGAACAUAUAAGUGCAUAAUU